AUGUUUGAAUGCUUAUACGGCUACACGCCAUUUGCUUGUGAGGAUCGCCACAGCACGAAGUUGAAGAUUCUGAAGCAUAAACAAACGUUAGCAUUCCCGGCGGUGCCCCAUCCCCACGAACCAUCUCAGGAAGCAUUGGACCUGAUGAUGCAACUCCUUGUGGAAAAAGAGAAGCGUUUGUGCUCCCGCAAAUACCACCUCAAUGACUACACCAUCCAGAUGGUGGGGUCACGGGCCAUUAGAUUUCCUGCUGAUAAGCGGAAUCAGAACUAUCAGGGCUACUUCGUCUACCCUGACGAUGCCGACGAUUUGAAACGGCAUCACUUUUUCAAGCACAUUCAAUGGGAUACUCUGCUUCACAAGCGACCUCCGUUUGUUCCCAAGGUCAAAGAUUGGGAGGAUACCAAGUAUUUCGACGAGGACCAGCCAAUCUCGGACAUUGAUGAAGCUUCCUCCUCUGAAGAUGAAGUCGAGGAGGAAGCCACGAAAGAGAACUGUGUUCCGGUCAUUCUGAGUGGCUCCAAAGCGAGCCAGCAUCAUCAAGAAGACCAGCACAUUGUCCCCUCAAUUGCCCUCAAGCCCAGUGGCACGGUGGUAAGGCCCAUGACACCAAUCAGCAAGCCGCUUUCUCCUCGACCGUCUUCACCAGAAGCUUUGGUCGAGAAAGUACAGGGCUCUCCACUGCCACCAGAGACCAACAAGCCUGCCAAACAGAAGAAGAGGGACAAGAAACGUCCACGUGACAAGAUUCUCCGUGAUCGCGAAUUCGGCAAAGCAGCUCUACAGCUACGCAAGAAUGGUGCUUUCAUGGGCUACUCAUACCGGAGACCGACUGGCGUUGAAGAGGUGCUGAAGGAAGUUUGUGACACUCUGCCUCGGGUCCAUAUCGGUACCAGUGCCAACUCGAGUGCCCUGGCGACCUCCCCACACGACGUUGACGGCAUUUGUGGAAAAUAA